AUGGCGGCGUCCAGGUGCUGGAGGCUCCUGCCUCCCUCUCGGCGUCUGUCACUCCACACUGCGGCCGAGGCGGCUGUCGCGGCUCCGGAAGCGAUUGCUUCGGACGUCGCGUCGGUCCGCGCGGCGCGCUACCCGCCGAUUGUGGCCUCCCUGACUGCCAAAAGCAAGGCGGCGCGGCAGCGACGCAUAGAGCGGUGGCAGGCGAAGGUGCACGCGGCCGAGUCGGUGGACCAGAAGCUGCGAAUCCUCACCAAGAUGCAGUUCAUGAAGUACGUGGUGUACCCGCAGACCUUCGCCCUGAACGCGGACCGCUGGUACCAGGGCUUCACCAAGACUGUGUUCCUGUCGGGCCUGCCGCCGGCGGAGCCCGAACCGGAGCCCGCGCCCGACCUCGACCUGGCCACCCUGCGCGCCGCCGCCUGCGACUGCCUCCUGCAGGAGCACUUCUACCUGCGGCGCAAGCGGCGCGCGCCCCUCUACCAGGAAGGCGAGGCGGUAGCCUCCCCCUUUCUGGACCAGCUGGUAGCUGCCCUCGUGGGCCUGCUCAGCGCUCACAACCCGACCUUGGCAGCCGCCGCUGUGGAUUCUAAACGCCCAGUUCACUUUUACUGGAUGCGUGGUGAAGAGAUCAUUGCUAGUGGACAUCGGAAAGGCCGAGUUGAUGCUUUGCGAUAUCAGAUAGAUGAUAAGCCACACAACCAGAUUCGAAUAUCCAAGCAGCUUCCAGAGUUUGUACCACUGGAUUAUUCUGUUCCUAUAGAAAUCCCUGUUAUGAAUUGUAAGCCAGACAAACUUCCAUUAUUCAAACGGCAAUAUGAAAACAUCAUAUUUACUGGUUCCAAGACAGCAGACCCGUACUGUUAUGGUCACACCCAGUUCCAUUUGCUACCCGACAAGUUGAAAAGGGAACGGCUCCUGAGACAAAACUGUGGCGAUCAGAUAGAAGUUGUUUUCCGAGCCAAUGCUAUGGCAAGCCUUUUUGCGUGGACUGGAGCGCAAGCUGUGUAUCAAGGCAGGCUCUCAAGUCCUCAGUUUCUUGGCCUGACCCCUGCCUUGCUCCGACAAUGUUACAAAACGGGCUAUAAGAUGCCUAAAGAGAAUACCAUUCCACCAUAA